CCGACGAGUCAACAACGCACAGCUCCUUAAAAACCUCGCCACACGCCACCGGAACGGAGCGAUUUCCAAUUCUUUCCCCUCGCCCCAACGCCAUCGUCGUGGUACCCGCCUCUCCCCAUGGCCGCCUCGCGCGCCGGCGACCCGCCGGAGUCCUCGCGCCUCCGCAUGGGCGACGACAUCGCCUGGUCCGAGAUCAACGGCGUCUACGACCGCGACGACUCCCUCAAGGAGAACACCAACCCCAAGUGCCUCCUCAAGAACCACCCCCACCACAACAACGGCUCCUCGCAGCGGUUCUCCGGCAACCUCAAGCCGACGGCCGCGCCCAUCAUCGGGCUCUCGGGGAAGCUCGGCGGCGCGCGGCGGCAGCACCACUACCCGCCGGCCAUCUUCCCCAAGAAGGCCAAGACCGGCGGCGGCGGGCGCGCGCACAAGGCGGCCGUCCCGGAGCCCGGGUCCCCGAAGGUCUCCUGCAUCGGGAAGGUCCUCUCCGACCGCGAGCGCGCGCGCCUCGGCCGCCCGCCGAGGACGCGCGGGAGCUCGAGGGCGCCGCCGGGGUGCUGCGGCGGGUUCGGGUUCUUGAUGCGGCGCAGCCGGUCCAGGAACAGCGCCGUGGAGUGCGUCGACCAGUCCCCGCCGCCGCCGUCGUCUUUGCCGCCUCUGGCUGAGGCGGCGAGGCGGAGGGAGACGAAGGAGGUGGAGGAGGAGGACGAGGUGCCGGCGGAGGCGGUGCCGGGGCUGGGAGGCAUGCGGCGGUUCGCGUCGGGGAGGCGGGCGGCGGAGUGGGCGGCGGAGAUGGAGGACGACGGACGCGUGGCGAGAUCUGGGCCGUUGUAGCGCGUGCCGGGGGUGCACUAUCUGUACAGAAAUUUAUCACAAGUUUUCAGUUUUGAACCCAUCCUGUAAUUUUGUAAGCGCCCUCUGUUUCCUUUCUAUCCUUUCCUUUCCUUGUGGAUGCUAUCAAAUGCUUUCCUUGUGGACGAGGUGGAGCUCAACCGCUGGCCGUUGAUGGUGUGGUCGGAGGGCGCGUGCCAGUGCAUGGUGUCGAAGCUGCCGUUGACGGAGAUGGUGCCGCCGACCUUACCAUGGUGCGUGGCGUUGGCGGCGGCGUAGGAGCGGGAGAGGGAGUCGAGGUUGGGGUUGGCCGCACGGGAAGACACCAUUGCCGGCAGCUUGUUUGUUGUUGCAAGAGAGGGAAGGGACCGGAGAUGGGCGGCUCGCAGCAGGAAUGAUGGACAGGAGCAGUAGGUACUGGCCUGGCCAGAUGAGUUUUGCAGUAACAUUGUACUUGGGCUGCCGGAACCGAAAUUGCAAACGAAAAAGGCUGGAUGUGGUCCAGGCCCAAAAGGCCUGAGCAGAUUUUGAUGCGAAA